AUGUCGUGCUUGGAGAACAUGCACUGCAGCAAGCUCUUCCAGAUUUUAGCGAAGCACGAGUGCAACUUGUUCUCCGAGUUAAACGAGGUCAUCUAUAGCCACAUCCGGCACAUCAUCGUGGACUCCAUCAUCGCCACAGACUUUGCGCAACACGGCGGCAUGGUCAAGGAGUUUGAGUCAAUGUAUGGUGUGAAUGCGGAGCUCUUUGACACCGCAGAUGAAAUGUUUGGAGCCCAGAACUUCUCCAGUCGCUAUGGGUACAUGAAUACAGAGGAAUUUCCUCCGCGUGAACUCAUGGAGUACUUCAAAACCCCAGAUGUGAAAAAGACACUCAGGACGGUGCUCCUGCAUUUCGCGGACAUCUCCAAUCCCAUGAAGCCUUUCCCGGUGGCCGAACGCUGGGCCGAGCUGGUUCUCAAAGAGUUCGCACUGCAGGGAGAGGAAGAGAAGGCACUUGGGAUUCCCGUGGGGCCGCUGAACGACAAGAAGACGGUGAGUCUGCCACUGUCACAGAUUGGAUUUAUCGAGUUCGUGGUGGCCCCCCUCGCCCUAGCGAUGGCCCGAGUGCUGCCUCCGGUGUGGUUCACCAAUCAGAUGAUCAUCGACAACGCCAACAUCUGGAUGGAUAAGUGGAUUGAAGAUACGCUGCUGAAACCGAGCCUCGAAGAACAGGUCCCUCCAGCGCCAGGUUCAGGUGCGCGAGAGGAUUCACAGGAUGGUGCAGAAGACCGAGCAGCGGGGCUUUACCGCCACUCUGGCGCAGAUGGAGAACUGAGGUCUGCGUUGGUGAAAUUCCCGCCGGAGAGCAGUGAUGCCAAUGCAUUUGAAUCGACAUGGUCUGGUUUGGGCGACUUAACGAAGAGCUUUUCGGCUGUGCAAAAACCCGACAUCAGGCAUUUGAUUCAAUGGGAGUCCACCAGUCCCUGGCCGGACAGGUAUUUUUGGCACUUUUUGUCUAUCCGAUUUUCGCAUUUGUUGGGUCUACGCGUCUACGUAGAGCAGUGGCGUUGGUCGAAAACUGCAGCACCCCAGGGUGCCUUCAGCCAGAAGGAACUGUACAACCUCAAGCAGGUGUACUUUUACUUGUGUCUUCACACAACCACCUUGACUUCUUGUCCUCUUGACAGGAAUCAGUUUCACUCCCUCUUCUCGAAUCACAGGCAAUACAAGCCGAUGUGGCGAACGCUCUUCUCAGCGAUCGAUCUCAACGGCGACAACGUGAUUGACUUUGAGGAAUUCCUGACGUUUGUCACACAGUUGAAGCGCGGCGGUGCAGAGGGCAAGCGAAGACUUUGCUUCCGGCUCUUCGACUCGAACCAGGACGGCUUUGCCGAGAAGGCAGACUUUCGCUGCAUUUUGGAGACCAAAAUUGCGGUGUUGAGGCGCCCUUCAUGGCAGACGAGCACCAUGGUGUCCACGAGCACAACCGAAGCCCCCGAUGAGUACAUGCAAUUCUUCACUCUGUGCGACGAAGAUUCGGAUGGACGAAUUUGCUAUGAGGACUUUGAGACCUAUUGCGCGGUGCACGGCGAAGGGAUCGUGACCCAAACGCUGAAGAUCUUGGAGGUGAUGUUCGAUGGCGUGAUUGAGGAGACCGGUAUCAUCAUCACGGCCACCGAUGUACGCAACACCAAGCCUCAUAUCGACUGGCAG